AUGGACCAAGACGACAAUGGUUCCGAGUACGGUACCAGCGGGUACCCUGAGGAGCACGUCCGACCAUCAAUGUCGUCAGCUCCUCGGGGCCCCCCUGGUCCGUACCGGGCCAUUUACUCAGACCUGAACGACAUGCAAGAUACCAAGCGUCGUCGAAUUGAUGAACGCAUGGAUGCAGCCUAUGAGGAGGGACGCUUGAGUGGCGCUCCGGUUGACCCUGCCGAUCAGCGAGAAUUCAUUAAAGACUUGUUCGAUGCAUUCAACUCCGUCGAAACAGAGGGUGAUGACGCAAUUAUUGACAAGCCGACCAAACACGGCAGGUUGUCGCAAGCAGCCACUAAGUUUAAGGAAAAUCGUUACCCCGCAUACGCGAUUGAGGAAGUUUGCUGGGAGAUUUUCGACAAGGCUAGAAUUGUACAAAUGGAUGUGAAGCUCUUAGAAGCAUUUCACGAGUCAAAGUUCGAGGGACCAAUGAUCCACACCUCGUUUGGUCAACGCUGGACAGCUAUUUGUGGCGCCUGCACUCGUUCAAAAGCCUUGUGCAAAAUGCUGUUGGACGCUCCAUACCUCGACCGUUUCGUUAGUCAUCCACAGGGAGAGCUGAAGAUGAAGCUAAACAACAAAAAGAUCAACGCUCAGCGCGAUGCUCAGAACGAAAUUGGUCGUCAAUUCUUGAGCAAAGGCGUCGGACCCGAAGCGGCGGCCACAGCUUUAGCCAAAUUGCUUCCUGAAGAGGCACAACCAUAUGACAAAUAUGCCCGCUUCAGCCCUCAUCAAUCUUCUGGAGGUAAUGCAGCUGGUCCAAAGACACCAAUAGCCCCAGUUCGCAUUCAGCCUACUCGAUCAGCUGUUACCAACUCAGCCAAGCGCAAGAAUAUGUCAGAGUCGGAGGACGAAGAUGAGUCCGAGGAAGACGAUUACAUCGACUCAGCAGUCAGAUCCAAUGCCAGACCAACUCUUCGAGGUCGCCGAGCAACUCUCAAGACCCCUACACGAUCCAACACCAGCAACUCUGUAAUGAGCAAGACUCCACAAACUAAAAAGACCAAGGGACAACCGACCGAUACACGCUCACGUCUCAUCAAUACUAAAACACCUGUCAAAUCACAGGAAGUAGUGGAAGCCGAAGCUGAAGAUGAUUAUAAGAAGACGGUUUGUCGACUUCUUGGUCUUGACCCCAGGAAUGCCAAGGUCAUGGCUUAUAGCCUCGAGGAUCUCAGAUGGUAUGCGAGAGCAUACAAUGUCGACUAUAUGGAAACUGUAUGGUCGCAUCCACAAUGGCCUGAUUACAAGGGUCUCGGACACGUUCUUAAGGAUAAGAAUGAUAACCGUGUGGACCACUUUUCUAUCAUCAUCAAGUCGUUGAUGCCACUUGCUAAGCUGCGGGGAGAUUACGUCGACGGUAAAUUGAUGCCACACAGAAAUAGGACCUUCAAGCCCAAGUCACAAGAAGAUCGUAUGGCGCUUGGUUCUGCUAUGAAUGCUGUUCGUUUUCACGCUGGAUAUCCUGCUCCCGUCAGUAUCGAGUCUCAUGGUACCCCACAAAUGAUUGCAGAGAACAUCAAUUUCAAGCCCCAAGUACGUCAGCCCGUUGAAUAUCAACAAUUCGAUCACGGUUACUAUCAACGUUCAAGUGCAUAUGAUCGAUCUGCCUCACAGUAUCAUCCCUACAGCCAUAACCGUUCUCAGCAUGCCAGCCAUCCAUCUCAGCAUGUAAUUCAUUCACCUCACUUAGCUGCUUCCACCAGUAGGGGCUAUAAUGAUGGCUCGUUUCAACAAGGACAUAUGGGCAAUCAACAAUCAUUCACUUCUCACCCGAGCUACAGCUUCAACACUUUUGGUUCUAAUCCUCAAGCCGGCACCAUGUUCAAUGAUGGUCUUGGAUUCUCUGGUCCGACCCAAACUAGCUAUGCCACCUCUUUCAGAGGUCAGACCCCUAGCUAUAAUCAUAAUCAUACUGUCCCAAGCAGUCCUUACACCACCCCCCAGCUUGGACAUAAUGUUGGCCUUGUCUCACAAAGUCCACAUUUACCCAGUAUUACCACUCAACAAAGCGAUAGCACAUACCCAGACCCUGAAGAUUGCUCCAAUCAACAAAACUCGCAAUAG